AUGGGGCAUCCUCUAGCCAGCACGGCCAGCUCUUCGCUUCGGUCGCAGCACAGCUCCACUCCGCAGCUACCCCAGCCAGGUCCCAGCACAUCCACCACCAAGUCCAUCCAUCGCACUCUAGCACCCUCUCCAUCGGCCUUGACGCACCGCCCCCAGGAAUUUGGACGCGCAAGGGCCCGCGCUCGCGUGUAUCCACAGGGCAUCCCAUCCCAUUCGCCUUCAUCCCCUCAUCGCAGUCAAGACGUCACAGCUUCCUCCAUCGCAUCCUCUUCACGCCCAUCCGCCGUCGCAGAAUACGUGGUAAGCACAGCAACAACCAACAUCAGCGACCUACGCAUACAAGUCUGUCUGCCUGUACCAGAGUCAUCGGCAGGCUCGGCAUCAAAAGUCGAAAGGCCGAUUUGGUUCAAGGAAAGAACUCUCAGCUCCGAGCUGGACUCCACCUUGGGCGAUGAGAUCGUCGACAAUCUGAUCGAUGCGAAUAGCGGUAGAGUCAAGUGGUGUACUGCACGACCUGUGAGAGGGUGAGUAGAUCAUGUGCUGCACAUCCUUCGUCCACUUGCCCAAUCUGAUGCCCUCUCUCUGACGCCAUGACUCUGUAGGUGGUAUCUCCAUCUGCGGAGCCCCUCUCUUCCUCCCAAGACCGCAAUACCUCUACGCGCCUCGCGUAUUCUUUCAAGAGCCGAUGCCGCCGCAAUCGACGUUUCGGCAACUCCACUCGAGGUGGUCAUAGGAUCACGAAUCGAUCGUCAAGCUCUGCGAAGGUGUUCCUGUCACAUUCCUGUCCAUGCGCGACCCCUCCAUCCAUCACCAACAAGUCACGGCCGACAUGAUUCUGCGGCCGACUUUGAAGAUGUGCCUCUGUCGAGACUAGAAGCGAGUCCCAGAAAAUCCCCGACGCACAUCUCGAGUGGUUUGGAUGCGAGUGGUGCGCGGCACAGCACUUCGACAUCUCUAGACCUCGGUGUGGGCCGCAUCGGCUCGCAAUUUCACGUCCGCAAGAGGAGCGCAGGUGCCGCUUCAGGGUCGGCGGACAGCUCAGUCGGGACUGCUUCGGAGCAAUCUGCUCGAGAUCUGGGCUCCAGAAAUCCGAGCGCGUCCAAAGCUCCAAAGGACGUGGACGUGGUGCCCGAAGAAGCAGAGGACGGAGAUUGGGAUAGUCGCGCCAGGCAGGACGGUUUCAAGUCGGCCAAGACUUUGCUCAGGCCUCCUUCAUCUAAUGGGCUCACCAAUCACGAUCGACCUUAUGAGCCGGCAUUGCCCAAGGUGCUCUCUCCCCUGCAAGCGAACGGAAACAGCCUGCCUCAUGUCAACUCGCAUGAGAUCGAUGCAGACGGCAAGGAUACCCAGCCCACAAGGUGCACGUUUGUCUUGCUCGAUGGCACAGGAGCAAAUGCAGAGGGAUGGCAGAGCAUCUUCGGAGCUGCAGAUCUGAAGUCAGACCCACGGGCGAGCAGUGCAGACUCACUCUCGAGCAAACGGCAGAGUGGCAGCUCAAGCUGGGCUCGGUGGGCAUGGAACAUGAUUCCUGCCCAAGUCCGGCCAUCUUUAGCCCUGGAUUCUUGCAAAUCUUUCACGGUUCGUUGGAUAGACGUUCCACAGCACACGUCGUCCAUGACUGCAGCAGGUGAAAUGGAAGCGCGAACAGACAGGACCGGCGUGCGGCUGGCAAAUGCUGUGGAGAUAUUGAGGUUCGAGGAUCUGACUCCCGCUUGGCUUGGUGCAAAGACAAGGGGUAGAUUGAGGUUGCAGAUGGAUGCUGUCAAGGCUGUCGGUCUCGAAGUGGACUUUUGGAUUCAGGUGAAUGCACGCGUUGCCAGUCGCUGGCCUGAGCGAGGAAUUCACCCACCCUUUCAACAUCCACCCGUACAAAGGUUGCAUUGAGCUACUUGGAAUUCCUGGAAGAGCGCGACGUAAGUGUCUGAAAGAACGACUGACCUAUUUUGUACAGCCACUGAAUUCGGAUUACGCGCACUUCCUACUCUUAGGGCUAUCAUGCUGCGUAUGAUGGAUAG